GAGGUGAUUCUUAGGUUAUUCAACUCGCACUACUACACUGCAUUUUUCAGCGUCCGCAAAGAAGAAUGAAGAAAGCUACGGACCGCGACAAGCUCGAGGCCUUUCAACAAUAUGAUGCCUGGGUAUUCGACCUAGAUGGCACGCUCUGGAAAGGCAGUACGCUGAUUCCGGGCGCGAAGGAGUUUAUUGAACUGCUGCGCUACUACAACAAGAAGGUGUUCUUCGUGACCAAUAACGCCACCAAGUCGCGCGCCACCAACGCCGCAAAGCUGACUGCGAUGGGCAUCAACGCCACACAAGCCGAGAUGUACACCAGCUCCUUCGCGGCGGCCGCCUACCUCAAAGCCAUCAGCUUCAACAAGAAGGCGUACGUGAUUGGCGAGGAGGGGCUGGUGGAAGAGCUGACGGCCGUGGGGGUGCAGUGCGUGGGCGGGCCGGCGCACCGCGGUGUGGAGGUGGACUGGAGCCAGGCGGAGCCGCACGUGGAGGUGGACCCCGAGGUGGGCGCGGUGGUGGUGGGCCUGGACCGCUACAUCAGCUACUACAAGCUGCAGUACGCCACGCUGUGCCUCGCCAACAAUGACUCGUGCAUGUUCCUGGCCUGCAACACCGACGCGCGUGGACACUUCAGCCAGGCUCAGGAGUGGGCGGGCGCGGGCACCAUGGUGGCGGCGCUGAUUGGAUCCAGCGAGCGCGAGCCCAUGCUGCUGGGCAAGCCCGCUUCCUUCAUCCUGGACCACCUGUGUGCCACGCACCAAGUAGCGAGAGACAAGACCAUCGUCGUCGGCGACCGGCUGGACACCGACAUCUUGUGGGGCAUCCAGAACGGCGCUGGCACGUGCUGCGUGCUCUCAGGGGUCACAAGCGAGGCGCAGCUCCUGGCCGAGUCCAACAAGGUCCACCCAAAGCUGUACAUGAGCGACAUCGGCGACUUCCUGACCAUCAAGAACCAGAUCCCCUCCAACUGCGCCAUCAUGUGAGGGCGUGGUAGUGCCCUGUCGAGCGGAAGUGCAUGAGGGAAGGUUCCAUGAACUUCACGCAUGCGGUUACGAGACGGCGUGCGAGGAGGCAGCCCAGGCGAGUGUAAGUGCGUGUAGGAUUCAAGGUUUGCGAGGGUGACGGGCUGCAGCCGUUGGGGUAAUCUCCAGGCGCAGGUGGCGGCGUAUGGAAGUUUCAUAAGUAUAAGCUGGGGCGUUUGUGUGGAGGCUGCGUCAGGGCAAACACGGGGCAAACAGGCAAGCAGGCCAGGCCGUAUGCAGACAAGGUGAUUGGUAUUACCGUGCUCAGAGGUGACGCCCGCACGACGCCACAAGUUGCACCAUGUGGCGCGGAUAAACUGUAAGAGGCAGAGGCU